UCAGUUCUCUGACGGUUUUACCGUAAUAGGCCGUUUAUGCGCGACCCUCUAAAUAACGUGGCGGCUAGAUUGACCGUGCUUUUCGACUUGGCGGCUGGCUUGACCGCAGUGACUAACCUGAAGAUGAGCACAGCACACAUACUAACCUUCCCCGCUCUGCUCAUGCUGCUCUACAUUCCUAGCUCAGAUUCUGUUACUGUGACGACAAGCAAAGCCAAAGUGGAGGUACAUGAAAACACAAAUGCUGUCCUGUCCUGUGAAUUCAAGACGGAGAAAGAAACAAACCCACGUGUUGAAUGGAAGAAGAGAGGCAAAGAUGUUUCGUAUGUUUAUUUUGAUGGAGAUUUUACAGGUUCAUUUAAGGGCAGUGCAUCCAUCAACGGGGCAACAAUGACCCUCCGUGGUGUUACACAGAAAGACUCAGGAGUGUAUCAUUGCGAAGUCACAGCCCGCCAUGACAAAAUCAAGCUGGGGGAGGUCACUGUCACCCUCAAUGUGCUUGUGGCACCACAUGCGCCGUCAUGUGAGGUCCCAGAAACAGUCAUGAGAGGAUUUUCUGCAGAGCUCCACUGCAAAGACAAACUGAGUGUUCCCACUGCCACCUACAGCUGGUACAAAGACAACAAACCACUUCACACAAGCAAUCUCCCUGAAAUCAACUACACCCUGGACCCCAAAACAGGGACUCUGAAGUUCAAGGUGGUGUCAAAAUCUGAUGAGGGUCAGUAUCGAUGUGAGGCCUCCAAUGGGGUGGGGGCACCCAAAAGUUGUGCAGGCCGGCAUAUGAAGAUAACUGAAUUUGAGCUGAACAUGCCAGUAGUUAUAGCAAUAGAAGUGGGAGCGUUCCUGUUCCUCCUCUCGUGCUGUGUUGCCAUCUGUCUGUGCUGCAGAAGAGGGUGCUGUUGUUGCUGCUGCCGCAAGAAUAAAGGAGAGACAAAACAAAGUUAUUUCUUUGCACUUUUCAGCAGAACAAAGACCAGCUAUAACCCUCCAGAUCCGAGACGCUACAAACAUACACAAUCCUUUGUGCUAUGACGUGUGCACAUACUGGACAGUGCUGUGCUAAAAGAAGUGAAGUUUCUUUUGUGUUACUGUAAAAAGCUUUUUAUUUUUCAAUUUGAGUAUUCAUUUUUUUAGAUAGCAUGUAGUAUUUUAAUUGUCUCAUAUCUGUUUGACUUCUCACAACUAAGCUUUACUUGUCUCAGGAUGUCUCUAAAGUCCUUUAAUCAUCAUACACUCAAUGUUUUAGUAGACAUGAAUCACAAGCACCUUGACUUGUUUCAUUCAGAAGUAUAAUCUGUUGUCUGAUGAUGGGUAUUUCUCAAUGAAAUGCCACUUGCUUAUUAAAGGAAUAGUUCACCCAAAAAGAUUUGAUGCUCUAUCAAUCAUUUACCCUCA